AUGACCAGACCCAUUCAGCCCACGACUUUGGACAGCUCGGCGUCUUCACAACAAUACUCGCUUCCUCGAGCGGAUGCCGAGGUCGACGUCAACUUGAACAACUCGAAUGAUCAGAUAUCCAGCUUGACGGAGGAAAGCUUGGCUGCCGGUACGUCCUCCUUCCUGCCUCCAUCUGCCGAUCACGAUCGAAUGCGCGUAGCGCCUCAGUCGAGACAUCUCAGCCCUCUGGAGCGAUUGGACUCACACGUGCCACGAAUCAUCGCGGUGGAUGAAUCAAGCCGUCAGCCUCACAUUGCGACCCAUAGUGUCGCACUUCCCAUGGAUUAUACUCACACUCCAUAUACUGUUGAUGACCUUUUAGAAUGGCAGUCUGCCUGGGUCGGGAAUACCUUCCCAUUUCAGAACGAGGCUUUCUUUGAAAACCCUGUAGUCAAUCUCUGGGAUUCAAAUUUCAAUUUGCUUCCCGACGAUUUCUACCGCCUUCACGAUUUUCAGAGGCCCUACGACGAGCAGAACCCAAUCGAAUCUCGCCAACCGAACCCUAGCACGCCUAGUGGUGGCGAUUCUCCUCUAAAUCACACUUCUAAUACACGACCUCGCCGAAUCGCUACAGCCUAUGAGAAGCUACGCCAAUUUUCAACCGCGGAGUUUAUCUCCCGCCCAUCGUCACCAAGUGCCCAGUCUCAGCAUCAGCGAUGGUUGGCGAACUUGGCCUCUGUACAAUCUCCCAAGGUCGAUAGAGCCAUUAUCAACGUAUUCCUGGGUCUGUUCCAAAGUAGACUCUCGGAAACGUUCCAACACUUCCGUGGGUUUUACAUUCGUAAAGACACCCCAACGGAACUAUAUCUUGCAAUGGCCGCUGUUGGAGGCCUGUACUGCAGCAUAGCUGGUUCCGCCGAUGUGGCAAGGUGGCUUUACUACAGUGCUCAACACAAAUUACUGACAAAGGUCUGUGCCCCACGACCUGCGAAUCCGAAUGAGGGAAGUUCAAUUGUGUCAACUUACAUCUUGCUGGAACUCUUUGGGUAUCUUAGUGGUGACAGAAGGAUUGUCGAAUUGAUCGAGGUGUAUCAUUUUGAGAUGUUGCAGGCUGCACGUGAUUUCGGACUGUGGCGUCAAAGACAGGGCUUACAAGAAGACGAACGCAAGAGUCUCAUUCAGUCACUAUUCGUGCUCGAAUGCUAUCGGGUCGUCCUCCUUCAAAAGCCGCCGAUGUUUUAUCCAUGUUCAACACCACGUUACAUAUUAGAUGUGGUUCAGGGCUCCGGCUACGGCCCCGGUCCCGGUCCCGAAGAUGAGGCUCUUUCUGAGUACCUUCGGUCAAUUGCGGCCCUUGAAAAUUCAGGGCGCAGGAUUGACACCCCCUCAAUGAGUGUGCACACCCUCUAUGCCAUGUCACUCUUGACAACACAUGUCACCUACAGGGCUGCCACUACCACCAUAAAUGAGCAAGACGCAGGUCGCUCCGAGCAAGCUUCUGGCAGAUCGUCAAAGUCUCUCUGGCAAAUGGCGUUCUUCGAGCUUGUGCUUAACAACUGGCGCUGUGUACACUCAACCGCACCUUCGGCUAAUACUAUGAUGUUAUUCCAUACUAUACAUCUCAACAUGUACGCUAGCCUGCCCACAAUCCAAGAGCUUACACAAAAGAUUCUCUAUCAAGCUGCCCGAAAUCCGACGACAGGUCAAGCUUCAAGCGUGCCAAGCAACACGACAACUCUUACCACAGGAAUUUCCGAACGCUUGCAGCGAUGUUUUCGUACCGAGGAUGACUGCGAAAAGGCUCUGUGGCACGCCAACCAAAUUCUACGCCUAGCACAGCAGGUGACCGCCAGGGAGCAUGAGUUUCGAGGUAACACAGCCUUGUGUCAUACAGCCCAUCAUUCGAAGGACGAUGGACAAGAGGAUAUUGCUCGAAGUCCCCAUUUUAUGUGGGCCGUGUAUUUUGCAACGUUAUGUUUCUGGUUCGCGAACAGCGAUCUUGCUCCUAGAACGCAUCAGGGCAGUACUGGUGACUACCGCUCUCGGAGCAACCUUAGCCUUGCAAGAGAGCGGCAUCUGGGACAGGCUAUCAUGGCACAAUCAGAAUGUGGAAUCGCGAGACUUUUCCACAGCAUCCUGGAGCAUUUGGGGUCUACUCUGUGA